AUGCCUGAGGAACGUGAGCGUGGCGUGGAAAACAACGAGUCGAGUAGCGCAAGCAGCACUUGCGGGGACACGAGCAUCUCUUCGAACUCGAACUCCAACGAGCGCACCACCAGCGAGCCCAUGAACGGCGUACCCGCCUCCGGCCAUACCGGUGAGUCGUCGUCAUCCGAAACGGCACCUGCUGCAUCUGUUGGCGAUACAACUGGCGGUGGUACUGAUAACAAUAGUAAUGCUAAUGGUACCAAUAGUAGUAGUAAUGCAGCUGAUACAUUGCCCGCAUCAUUGCAACGACAUGCACCAGCAUCGGCUACGAGCACUCCACCGAAUGGUACAACUCCUGAACCCCCUAAUUUGAAUACUGCAAGUGAGUGA